AUGGUAUAUAUUAUAUUUGGUGAUGUGGAAGCUUCAAACGUUAAGCCAGACAUAGUAACCUGAAAUUGCCUUAUGUCUGGGCAUUUGGCUUGUGGAUUGUACCAAGAAGUUGUAAGCAUUCUGUGGAAAAUGCAAAAUGCAGGUUUUAAGCCAAACUCAGGCUCUAUAACUAGUGCCCUUCAAGCAAUAUCUGAAUUGGAACAAUUCAGUUUUGGGAAGGAAAUCCAUUGCUUUGUCAUUAGAAGCGGCCUAGACUAUGACCCGCAUCUAGGUGCUUCAUUGCUAGACAUAGUAGAGAAUGAUGAUUUAAUAAAUGCCCAAAGAGUCUUUGAUAAUAUGGAGAACCGGAGUUUUUUUACUUGGAAUUGUGUGAUUUCAGGAUAUGUAUAUAGAGGACUUUUUGAUGAAGCACUUAAUCUUUUGGAUCAGAUCAAGGAGGAAGCACUUAAACCUGAUUUAGUGACUUAUAACAUUCUGGUUUCUGGGUAUUCAACUUUAGGCUGUGUUAUGGAAGCCUUGGCCAUGAUUCGCCAAAUGAAAAUUUCUGGUCUGACUCCUAACGUUGUCUCAUGGACUGCUUUAAUAUCAGGUUGUACACAGAAUGGGUAUUACAAGGAUGCACUCAAGUAUUCCAUUGAGACGCAGAAGGUAGGCAUCAAACCAAACUCAGCCACACUAGCAAGCUUACUUUGAGCUUGUGCAGGUUUGUCUAUGUUGCAGAAAGGAAAAGAGGUACACUGCAAUAGUAUCAGAAAUGCUUUUCUUCAGGAUGUAUUUGUGACUACGGCUCUUAUUGACAUGUACAGUAAGCGUGGCAGCUUAAAAAAUGGCUAUGAGGUUUUUCAGAAAAUUGAGAACAAGACAUUAACUUCUUGGAAUGCCAUGAUCGGGGGUUUAGCAACAUACAGCCUUGGAAAGGAUGCAAUUUCACUUUUUCGAGAAAUGCAAGGCAGAGAUGUUAAGCCUGAUGCCAUAACCUUGACAGCUGUCCUCUCUGGCUGCAAGAACUCUGGCUUGAUAAAUGAGGCCUGGGAGUAUUUUGACGGUAUGGAGAUGGAUUAUGGGAUAAUACCUACAAUUGAGCAUUACUCUUGCAUGGUUGAUCUACUUGGAAGGGCUGGGUAUCUUGACGAAGCAUGGGACCUAAUUCACAAAAUGCCAAUGUUGCCAGAUGCUACAGUUUGGGGGGCUUUCCUUUCAUCAUGCCGAAUCCACAAAAACUUGGAGCUUGGAGAGAUUGCAGCACAAAGCUUUUUAACUAUCUGGCUGCUAACUAUGAAUCUAUAUUCAGCCCUAGACAGAUGGAAGGAUGUGGAUCGCAUCGGAGAGUUGAUGGAAGCUAACCGUGUCAAAGUUGGUCAUGUUUGGAGCUGGAUACAACUGAACCAAACGGUUCACAUAUUCUCUGCUCUAGGAAAACCACAUCCAGAUAAAGGGGAGAUCCAUUUUGAGUUAUAUCAGUUGAUUUCUGAGAUGAAGAAUUUGGGGUAUGUGCCUGCUACUGAAUGUGUCUACCAGAACGUUAACACAAGGGAAAAGGAGAAGCUAUUGCUUAGCCACACCGAGAAAUUGGCAAUUACAUUUGGGUCAAUCCAAACAAAAGAUAGCAUACCAACAAGGGUGAUUAAGAGCACAAGAACUUGUUUAGACUGUCACACACUGGUGAAAUAUAUCGCUUUGUUGAGAAGACGAGAUAUCUUUCUCAAAGAUGGUCUUUGUUUUCAUCGUUUCUCAGAUGGUGAAUGUUCAUGCAACGACUUCUGGUGA